AUGGACGAGGUCGAAAUCCUACAAGCAAUCAUCUCGCAUGUCAAAAGAAAUACUGCGAUGUAUCGUCGUGUCUUCAAACCACACCUUGAAGAAGAGCUGCGGGGGAACUCAGAUCAUGCAUUAAUAUCGGCAUUGAUCAAUCAGCCGGACAAACCAGAUAAUGGCGAGUGCUGGGAUACACCACUCCACCAUGCGGCUUCUGUCGGAAAUCUCGAUGCGUUAAACCUCCUCAUCCAGAAUGGCGCCGAUGUGAACGCCAUCGACAUGGAUCAGGAUACCCCUCUAAUAGUUGCUUCCAUGAACAAUCAACUUGAUAUCGUCAGAGAAAUCCUCGCCAAUGGCGCCGCAAUGGAGUGUAGAGGUUUCAAAGGCUAUACCGCAAUGGCAUGGGCAGUUCAGAAAGGUCACCUCGACAUUGUUCAGCUGUUGGAUCUGAAAAGCGGUUUCUCUCAACAUUUCAUGGAUGUGAUAGGAGAGAACUUGGCAUCACUCGCCAGGCUUGGUGAUUGGCCUGUAGACACCUUCAAGUAUCUCAUAGCUCGAGGAGUUGACCCGCAGCAGUACGACCGAGAUGGUUCUUGCGCACUAAGGCUGGCCCUCAACCACUCGGACAUCAGGGACUAUAUUGUCCAGUCCCGUUCGAUGGUAGCCUUACGACCGCGCCCAAGCGUUUGCAAGACGUACAAUUUGUUUUCCGAAGCUGCUGCUAAAAAUCAAAUCAAUUUCUUGAAGAGGAUUUAUCUGUCUUUACCGCGAGUAGAGGCGCAGAUACUCCUCGACAUGGAUGGCUGGUGGUAUGGCAGUCUACUAUGCGAGGCAGCAGCCGGGAAUUACACUCAAGUGGCGGAGUUGCUACUUGUCCUCCAUGCAAACAUCGAGCAGGAUGGCUCAUCAUUUGGCACACCCCUCAUGUGUGCCAUUGCUUGUGGGAAACUGGAAAUGGUCAAGUUGCUGGUCAGGAGAGGAGCCAAUUUGGAGUACACUGAUGAGAAUGGAACUUACAGAAGCGGACUUCUUGCAAGUCUGCCGCACCCAAAGGUUACCAAGUGGCUGCUGGUUGGAAGAUUCCAAGACCAAAACAAGCUGACAAACGCCGCCUCCAGCGAUGAAGCUACUGUUAUACCAUGGAGUGGAAUAAGAGCCAUCAGGGUGGUGUUGAGGAGCUGGCAGCAGCACCGUUGGGAUGAAUCGACCGUUGACUUCUGUAUUCGACUUGGGCAAAUCAAGAGGGAGUUUGUGGGUCGAAGAGCCGUCGGGGAGCUAGUGUGA